CUCCUACUCCUACACCUACAAGAACUCACUCUAUUUUGAUUCUUUGCUGACUCCUCCUCGUUACCUAUAAAAGCUAGUUCACGCUUCAAAGAGAGUCCUCACCCCCAUAACAUAUAUAGUAUUAUUUUAUAGUAUUAUAUAUAUAUAUAUAUAUAUAUAUAUAUAUAUAUAAGGCAAAGCCCUUCCUCGAGUUUUCUGAUUCUCAUUCUUGCUUUGCCUCCCUGGUUUUUCUGGUCUACAAUGGCUGCGUCUCAAGCAAGCCUGCUCCUCCAAAAGCAGCUCAGAGAUCUCUGUAAAAACCCGGUUGAUGGCUUCUCAGCUGGUCUGGUUGACGAGGAAAACGUGUUCGAGUGGAGCGUAUCGAUUAUUGGCCCUCCUGAUACUCUCUAUGAGGGGGGUUUCUUUAAUGCCAUCAUGAGCUUUCCCUCUAAUUACCCUAACAGCCCUCCAUCGGUGAGGUUUACCUCAGAGAUAUGGCAUCCUAAUGUUUACUCAGAUGGAAAGGUUUGCAUUUCAAUUCUUCAUCCCCCUGGUGAUGAUCCAAAUGGCUAUGAGCGAGCAAGCGAACGUUGGAGUCCAGUCCAUACAGUUGAGAGCAUAAUUUUGAGUAUUAUAUCAAUGCUUUCAAGCCCUAACGAUGAAUCUCCUGCAAAUGUGGAUGCUGCAAAACAAUGGAGAGACCAAAGGGACGAGUUCAGAAAGAAAGUCAGUCGCUGUGUCAGAAAAUCACAAGAAAUGUUAUAAAACCAACUAAUGUGCUGCUAUUGCUGGCUUCAAUUUUUUUCACCUAAAAGUUCGUAAUUUGUUAUGACGGAAGGGAUUGAUAGCCAUUAAGUCUUACAUUACUCAAUGUGGUCUUUUAUUUUUUAUUUUGCUAAUCUAUUGUAGCUUUAUUUUCAGUUCACCAUUAAUGUCGCUUGUUUUGCACAUCUUCUAUUGAUAUUAUUAAUGAAAACUAUAUCAUACAUCGGAUGGUUCUUGAA